AUGUCUCUAAAUUUCCCGAUUGAAAAUCUCUUUGAAUGGUUGAGAACUUUUAACAUAGCAACAAAUGUUUAUUCUAUACAUAAUGUUACGGAUGGGAUUGUAUUAGGUAAAGUUUUGCAUACCAUUGCUCCAAAUCAUUUCACUGAUGAAUGGUUGCAAAAAUUAAAUUAUGAUGCUGAAAUCAAUUGGAGGCUGAAGGUCAGUAAUCUUAAGAAGAUAUUGAAAGCUGUUAUUGAAUUUCUAAAUGAGGGAAUUGAAGAUAGGAUAUCUGUUCAAUGCCUUCCAAAUCUACAAGAAAUUGCUGAACAUGAAAAUGAAGAGUCGACAUUUCGUUUAUUACAAUUAAUACUUGCAUGCGCUGUAAAUUGUGAUAAUAAACAAACUUAUAUUCAAACAAUUAUGGGGAUGGAAGAAACUGUGCAACAAGCUAUAAUGGAAGCGAUUCAACAAUUAAUGUCAACUCGUUUAAAUAUGAGUGAUACUAUGGAUUAUGAAGAUCGUUUAUGUAAGACAGUGGAACAAUGCAAAGCAUUAUUAAUAGAAAAAGAGAAAUUGGCUGAACAGUGUAAAAAUCUUCAGCAAGAAGUAUUAAAUUUACAAGAUGAAAAGUCCCAUCAACAAUCUGAAUUGAAUCGUUUUAAAACUUAUUUCAAUUCAUUGGGUUUAAAUCCAGCGAUAUUGGCAACAACAUCAAUUAAUUCUCAAUCAUCUCCAACAUCUUCAGUAGUUACAGCUACAACAGGAGUUGAAUCAAUUGAAAGUGAUUAA